AUGGUUUUCAAUUCGUUGACUGAGGCUCCUCACGACCUCAAGGAGGGUAUUGAUUGGUUGAUAGCCCUCAAGGGGUCUGAUGCCAAAAACAAUCUGGCUGCCAUGGGUGCGGCACUUUACGAUUUGCUUGCAGACAAGCCUGUUGGCUUCACAGAGUUGCCAGCUCUCGAGAAUGUUAAACUUAUUUCUAAGGACUUCCUGGCGAAACCAGAGCUUAAGGGCCAGUGGUUCGUAAGAAGGCUGCAGAGUAGAUUCAACAGGCGUAUGAAUAAAGACAGCCACAGACGCGGUAAGCCCAUGAUGUAUCUCACCGACAGCGAUUAUAACAAUGCCGUUAAGGGCAAGGAUCUCACUGCUGAAACAAUCGCGAAGGACCUAGGUGAGGUUGUGGAUGGUUGUGAGAAGUUCUUGGAUGAUAUAAAAACCCCUGGGAAGUACAAGUCCGCAUACAGUUCGGAAGCGACAUGGGAUGCAUCAUGCGCGAAAGACCCGGAAGCUUGUGCAGUGGUCCUAGUGGGAAUCGCGCCAAUGUUGUUCGUAGGCCUACGUUCUUUGUUCGACGCGGCCUCAGUUAAAGGAACCCUAUGUAUGGGGUCUAAUAACCGUGUUUCGGAGAAGGUAUUGAACGCCGUGGGCUACGAGGUGCCUCAAAGGCGCACUGAAAUAAUCCGUUCAGAUUUCCUCAAGGCGUUGGAUGCUGUGAGUUUCGAAAUGUUGAACACAAUAUACGACCUCGCUGGAUUCUGGGCUUUCUAUUAA